AUGGCAGUGCCAAAAGUAUUCCCACGGAUUCGAAACCUUGAUUUGGAUGGACUUGGAAUUGGCUAUACAGCUCUCUGGAGAUCAUUUGUUUACCAUUAUCUGUUAAAACGUUUUCUCAACCACUUGCGUCAACUCCUGAAGAUGGUCUUUCCUUACCAGUCACCAUGUCCCAUGAAGUUGGGUUUCCCACACGGGAACCAGACAGUAGUUGCAGAGCUUGACACCAAAGCAAAAGGGCCAUCAUCUGCUGCUGCAGACUCACAGCAUCUCCAUCUGAAAACUCAGAUGGCUAUCUAG